CGUCCUGCUUCGCGCUCUCCCUUACUCUUCCUCGUACCAUGUCUUCGGACUUCGAUGGAUUCUCUUUAAAUAUGGCAAAACAUACGCACAUACAACCUUUUCUCAUCUUUCACUAAUCCAAGUAACAACCGUUUCUCUCUAGGGUUUCCACACUGACGUGAGCAAGGACAAGCUCUUCAUUCCUCAAUUGUAGGGUUCUUUUUAGCUUUUUCUUCUCUUUCGAAGUAGCCUAUUAGGGCGCGUUCUUGUCACUAAUUGUGAUCGAGAAAUUUCCAAUUUCUCGUCUUAUGCGAAGGAUUUACUGAGUCUCUGUUGCAAGGAGGAUCGUAGCUCCACACCAGAAUUGGCGAUAUAUUUCGUUCGUUUGCCUUCUGAGGCUGGAGGGCUGUAUUUAGGGACAAACUAAGCUAAUUGAGGGCUAUAAAGAUUCUGUGAAUGUUGCUUAAUGCUUAAUGACAGCUGCUAUGGACUUGAAUGCCUCGCCCGUUCCAGAGGAAGAUGAGGACGCAUUUGAGGGGCAUGUAGAAGACUUCGUUGCACAAGAAGAACGCAUAGAAAGUGCAGUUGAUAUAGCACGACGGGAGCGUGAAGAAAGAAAAAGACGAUUGAAAAGAGAACGUCCAGAUGAUAGAUCUGUUUAUGCAUCACCAUCACCUGGUUAUGACCAGCUAUUUCAAACGAAGUCCCUUAAAUCAUAUGAUAGAAAUAGGCUUCCUCCAGGGUGGUUGGAUUGCCCUUCAUUUGGUCAAGAAAUUUUUUGCAUGAUACCUUCUAAGGUUCCACUUGGUGAAUCGUUCAAUGAUUGCAUUGCUCCUGGUAAAAGAUACUCAUUCAAACAAGUGAUACAUCAACAAAGAGUUUUAGGGAGAAAACUUGGUUUGGUGAUUGAUUUGACAAAUACUUCUCGAUACUAUCCAGUGUCAGAUCUAAAGAAAGAGGGUAUCAAGCAUGUAAAGAUACAAUGCAAGGGACGUGAUUCUGUACCUGAUAAUUUAUCUGUGAAUCAAUUCGUCCAUGAGGUUACACAAUUUCUAUCACGUCAAAAACACACAAAGAAAUAUAUACUUGUCCAUUGUACACAUGGGCAUAAUCGUACAGGAUACAUGAUCACCCAUUAUCUCAUGCGUGCCAUGUCAAUGUCUGUCACACAGGCAAUAAAAAUAUUUUCUGAUGCACGCCCUCCAGGAAUCUACAAACCUGAUUACAUUGAUGCUUUGUACACAUUCUAUCAUGAAAAAAGGCCUGACAUGGUGGUUUGUCCUCCUACUCCAGAGUGGAAGAGAUCUUCUGAAUUUGAUCUUAAUGGUGAAGCGGUGCCAGAUGAUGAUGAUGAUGAUGAUGGAAUACCAGGCCCUCCUUUGGAUGGGAACCAUGAGACAGAUGUGUUGAUGACAAAUGAUGAUGUCUUGGGAGAUGAGAUACCUAAUGAUCAGCAAGAUUCAUUCAGGCAGUUCUGUUAUCAGUCCCUUAAAUUGGGUGCUGGGGCUAGAGGACAUACACAAUUUCCAGGGUCACACCCAGUUUCUCUGAACAGGGAAAAUUUGCAGUUGUUACGGCAGCGCUAUUAUUAUGCAACAUGGAAAGCUGAUGGCACACGAUAUAUGAUGCUGAUAACAAUGGAUGGAUGCUACUUAAUUGAUAGAAGCUUCAAUUUUCGAAGGGUCCAAAUGAGGUUUCCGUGCAGGGGUACAAAUGAUGUGUUGGCUGAGAAGACUCACCACUACACAUUACUUGAUGGGGAGAUGAUCAUUGAUACUUUGCCUGAUUCAAAGAAGCAGGAGAGGAGAUACCUUAUAUAUGAUCUGAUAGCGAUUAACCAAGUAUCAGUAAUAGAGCGACCGUUUUAUGAAAGGUGGAAGAUGCUUGAGAAAGAAGUGAUUGAACCUAGGAAUUGGGAGCGACAUAAUAUAUAUCAGAGCAGAAACCCUUACUAUAGAUAUGACAUGGAACCAUUCAGGGUGAGGAGAAAAGAUUUUUGGUUGCUCUCUACAGUCACAAAGCUCUUAACGGAAUUCAUUCCAAGACUCUCUCAUGCUGCUGAUGGCCUCAUAUUUCAGGGCUGGGAUGAUCCUUAUGUACCACGUACUCAUGAAGGCCUCUUGAAGUGGAAAUAUCCUGAGAUGAAUUCAGUUGAUUUCCUCUUUGAGGUUGACGAUGUUGGGGAGAAACUUUUUCUUUACGAACGAGGAAAGAAGAAACUCAUGGAUGGGAAUAGGGUAGCAUUCAAAGAUGGUUCGGAUCCCUCAUUUUAUUCUGGAAAGAUCAUAGAGUGUUCUUGGGACUCUGAUAACCAGGAAUGGGAAUUCAUGCGAGUGAGAACUGAUAAAUCAACUCCAAAUGAGUUUAAUACUUUCAGGAAGGUGAUGCGAAGUAUAAAAGACAACAUUACGGAGGAUAUUUUGUUGAAUGAGAUCUCCGAGAUUAUUCGCCUUCCCAUGUAUGCUGACAGGAUAAGAAUUGACAGUAAAGCACACCAUCAUACUAACGCAACACGAAGAAGGUGAUCCAUUGUUAAAUCUGGAACUCUUGCAGCAGCUUUAUCAAUGGUGGGAGAAUGAAUCAAAGUGUUGGGAUAUUGCUACAUCUGGUGUAUAAGCAAGAACCAAGUCUAUCCACUGAUGCCCUUUCACUGGGAUUUCUUUACCUGGAUAUAGCCAUAUGUAACCAUCUUCUAGAGGGUUCCUUGUUUUGUAAUUAGCUAGGACUCCAGAUCAAUAGAGUUAGGCUUAGGAUCCCAAUGUAUAUUUGAUCAAUUUUCUCAUUUUUAGUGAUUAUAAGUUGUUCAAAGGGUAGCUGUUUAUUAGAGUCAAAUUUCAUUACAUUGAUCAGGAGUUUUCCUGUUUGUGAAUAUUAAUUGGAGGAGUAAUCACCUGCCUCUAUUUCCAUUGUA